AUCUCCUGCUCGGGUCUUCGGCCCCGAUGGCCGCGGCCAGAGUUUCCACGCAGGAGACGGACAGCGGGCUGGAACUUGACCUCCAGUUGAGCCCCUUGGUCAGCAGCCAGAACCUGCGGAGACCCCUGCGGGAGAGGGAGCAGCUGCGGCUGCUGAACGACCGCCUGGCCGCCUACAUCCAGCGCGUGCGGGCCUUGGAGUCGGCCAAAGCGGCGCUGCACCUCCGCCUGGGCCGCUGCGAGGAGGACAGCAGCCGCGACCUGAACGCCCUGCGCACCAGCUACGACAGGGAACUGGCCAAGGCGCGCCGGGCGUUGGAGCAGCGGGCGUUGCAAGAGGCGGCCUUGCAAGCGGCGGCAGACUCGCUGCGCGAACAGCAGCGGCAGCUCCUGGCCAGGAACGCUGAAAAAGAAAAUGAAUUAAGCUUAGCAAUUGCGCGAGCGAAGGAUCUGGAUGCCCGGCUAACCUGCAGAGAGGCUGAACUGGCAACAGCGGCACAGACGCUGCAGAGUUUAGAGAAAGAGCUUCAAGAAUCCAAGGAUAAGACGACCUCUCUUAAGGAGCUGCUGAAAAGUUCCAGGAAUGAACUUCAAAAUGAGAAGCUGAAAAGUGCAGACUUGGAAAAUCAAGUGAAAACGCUCCAAGAUCAAAAGGCAUUUCUGAAGAGCUUCCAUGAAAAUGAACUCAAGAACAAGAAGCGAUUAUAUGAGAGCAGGAUUCAAGAGGUAGUAUCUGGCCAUCAGCAGGAAUCUGAAGCUAAACUACUGAUUUCUCUCCAAGAGCUGAGAAAAGAGCAUGAAUUGCAAAUCAACGAGUACAAAGAUCAGGUGGAACGAAAUUUCCAGGCCAGAGUAGAAAAUGCACUCGUUUAUGCCAAAGAGAAGCAGGGUUUUGCUAUUUCUGUUCAAGAGGAAUUAAAAAAAAUGAAACUGAAGGUUGAUCAUCUCAAAUCACAGAAUGCUGAAUUGGAAGCCAGGAUAAAAGAGCAGGCGACUAAGAUAAACGAACUGCAGAAGGCGAUGGAUGGUGAACGUGACUUUUCCAAAAGAUGCCUAGCUGAAAAAAAUACGGAGAUGGCGCAAAUGCACCAGCAGAUGCAGUCUCAGCUGGAGGAAUAUGAGCAUCUGUUGAACGUGAAGCUGGCCCUGGACCUUGAGAUCAGUGCCUAUAGGAUGUUGCUAGAGGGAGAAGAAAAACGUUUGAACCUCUCCAAAGUCUCCUCCGAAAGUGGGGGAUCGGAGAGGAGACGUGGUGGGAGCUGGACCACCGUAAGUCACACCCACCGCCUCUUCUCGCAAGGAAGGAAACGCAAACAUGCCUUGGCCCAGAAACAGGAUCACAGCCUGAGCUUCAAAGUGCUCCAGCGAGCUUCCUCCUCAAGAAGCAUCUCCAUAGAGGACAUCGAUAUGGAAGGGAAAUUCAUCAAAAUUAAAAACAAUUCCGAUCAGGAUCAACUACUAGGUGGAUGGAUGGUUAGAAAGCAGCAUAGAAAUGAAUCUGACACUAUGUACAAAUUUCCUGCUCAAUUCAUUCUUCAGGCUGGUCAAGUAGUAACUGUUUGGGGAAAAAGUACGGGUUUAAACCCAACUCCUAGCACCCUAAUUUGGGAAUCCCAAAAGUUACUUGAACAGAACAUUGGUAUUGUCCUUCUUGAUGGUGAUGGGAAUGAAACUGCUGAAGGUAUGAUCAUGUAUCUGGAAAGAGGAGAAGGUGAUGGAGAAAUGGAAGAGGCUACAGAAGAAACCAAGAAACAAAUUCAUUGCCAGCAGAAUCAGACUCACAUCUGUCCCAUAAUGUAACCAGAAGUUGAUGCCUUACUUGAGAAGCUUGAACUGAACUGAAAAUUUGCUUCAGAGAUGUUUGACUUGGCCCUGAGAGUUGAUGCUCUAACUUUCCUACGCUCUUCUUGACUUCAAGGACAAGAUGGCUUGUGACUCCUAAUGGCCAACUGGUGAAAGACUUAUAUGUAAGGAUCUGCAUUAUUAAGGCAGAUGCAACCAUCUUGAUUAUGACUAUCUCGGAGUUGCCUCAAUGAGCCUUAAGGGACUUUCCAUUUUGUGGCCAGCUGGGAACAAGUAAGAACCUCAUUUUAGUGUAACCUAAAAUUCAGAACUAUUUAGGACUCUUGUAUUAAUUAAUGGCCAAAGAAUGCUUCUGUUCCUAUCGGCUUCAGUGUAGGAUAGGGUUCUUGAACACAAUAGAUAUAUUUUUCUGGAAGGAUUCCUUUCAGUUGUAUUUUCUUCAAUAGACACUUUUAGAAAUGGUUAAAUUAUUAAUGGUGGCAGGUUUCUGAUAUUUUAGCAGAUCUAAACAGUUUGUUGUACUUGCUGUUUAGGUACUUCUAGUUGUGUGUAGGCCUUAUUAAAAGCACAAAUCCGGUAAACACUUGCUUUCUAUUAAAGAUAUUUCCUUUCUGCUGAUGGCUCUUUACGGUGGAGUUUAAAACAAACUCUGUACAGUAUUUGGCAGGCUUAAAUCUUAUUUUGUCCGUGUGUUAUUUCAAGAGGGUGAAACAUUCUCCAAACGUGGUCCACUGUCUUGACAAAUUUUUACUUUAUUAUAUUUUUAAACUCGCAUAGCUCACAUCUCCAUUUAUGAGAAACUACUUAAUAAAAUUGGGACUUAGCUGUAAUAACUUGAUUAGCAGCUAGUAGCUUCCAUAGUUUGGGAGAAAAGGGGGAAAAAACUAUCAAUUGUUAAAUGAAAUUCCCCUGAAAUCUGAAAUAGCUCCUUUCUAUAAUAAUUAGGAAGGCUGGUCGCUUUGCUUAUGGGCUUUAGAAAAAAAAAGUUUACUGCUGUAAGACAUACUGGAAUAAAAGUCAUUUGGAUUGUUGAAAACAA